UGUCAUUAAUGCUGGCAAAAACUCCAUAAUAAGUUUUUUUUUCUAUUUCUAUCGUCUUAUUAUUUUAAAUAAAAGUUAAAAAUUCGUUUAUUAUAUUAUGAUAUAUUUGUUUUUUGUAAUAAAAUAUUAUUGUAAAAUAAAAUUAUAAAAUAUGGAUGACAAUUCAUGGUUAAUUGAAUUAGAAUCAGCGCUCUUGGAUGAUUGCAAUGUUAACGAUAUAUAUGCCAUAUGCAGAGGAAAAUCUAUUCCAGAAUCGUUAAGACCUGAUGUUUGGCAAGUUUGCCUUGAUGUACGGCAUAAGAAUGAUCAGAUGUCAUUAUUUAAUGAAAUCUAUGAUUUACCGUUUCAAAAAAAAUUACGAGAAGAUUGUCAUGAAAUUGUUUUAAAAAUUGGAAAUGAUGAUGAGGAUAAAGUAUCUGUUGUAUCAGAUUUAGAGUCAAUUUUAACAUUUUAUUGUAAAAAUAGAAAUUUUCAAUAUGAAUCGGGUUGGAUAGAACUAUUGUUACCAUUGUUGUCUUUAAAAUUAAAACGUAGUGAAACUUAUAAUUUAUUUGAAGCUAUUAGAGAUACAUAUAUACCAAAAGGUUGCAUACCAAAAGGGAAUGUAUUUCAUGUAUUUCGACUAUUAAUAUUAUACCAUGAUCCAGAAUUAUGUUCAAUGUUAGAUACGAGAAAAAUUUCUCCAGAUCUAUAUUCAAUGUAUUGGUUUAGAACACUUUUUGCAUCAACUUGUGGCCUAUCUGUUGUUUUAUCAAUGUGGGAUUUAUAUUUUCAACAUGGUGAUCCAUUUUUAGUAUUCUUUUUGGGAUUAAUAAUUUUAAUAAAUGGUAGAGAUCAAAUAUUAGCAUUAAAAGAUCGUUCAAAAGAAGAGAUAAUAAAAUUUUUAACAAAUAUGCCAUAUGCAAUAGAAACGGAUGAUGUUGUGGAUUUUUGCUCAUUAGCUCAAUAUUAUGCUUCAAAAACACCUUCUUCAUUUAAAACCGAUUAUCUUAAAGCAUUAUUUGGCUCACAUGCCGACAGCUCUGAUAGAGAAGCAAUAUCCCAAGCACUUUGUUUACCAGUAUCAGUAUUUGAACUUGUGGAAAAUUCAUCUGUUGAAUUAACGACACCUGAUUCUGUACGUUUUUUCUUAGUUGAUUGUCGACCAGCCGACCAAUAUAAUGCUGGCCAUCUUUCUACAGCUUUUCAUUUAGAUUGCAAUUUAAUGUUACAAGAGCCAACCGCUUUUAAUACAGCCGUCCAAGGUCUAUUAAGGGCUCAGCAGCAAUCAAUUGAAAUUAACUCAAACGCUGGUGGUGAACAUUUGUGUUUUAUGGGAAGUGGUCGUUUAGAUGAAGAUCAAUAUACCCACAUGGUAGUAGCAUCUUUUUUACAAAAAAAUAAACAUUAUGUAUCUUUGCUCACUGGUGGUUAUAAGGCUAUUCACGAAUAUUUUGGAGAUCAUAUGACUGAUUGUUUAGAAGAUCAUGACUCCAAAAAAUGUUUAGUAUGUUUACGAAAUUAUAAUGCUUCGAAACUAAUAAGUAAUAAUAAUUUUAAAACAAAAAUUGAUAAUAAUAUUAGUGGAGCAAUAUCCACGGCAGCAAAUGAUCGAAAUAAAGAAAAUGUCAGUGUUUCAGGAAACGCAGGUGCCGAUUUGAAACAACCUACAGAUAUUUUUAGUAGAUUAUCUGGUUUAAUGAAAAUGAAAUCACAAGAAGUUAAAGGAAAACUUUUAGAUAUCAUUGUUAAUCCAUCGGUUUCGACUCCACAAAAUCAACAAAUACCUAUUAUAGAAAAGCAUGUUAGUAGUCAAGAAAAAAAUGGAAAACGUUAUCGUAAUGUAGCACCUGUAUUUAGUAUUGAUGAAGAUAAUGAUGAUCCAGGCGAUUAUAACUGUGCUGAUGAUUUUGAUGAUACAGAUAAUCAUUUUGGUGAAAAUGAUGCAAAAAUUUGCAAUUUGAAUCAAUAUUUAAAAUCACCAGAAAUAAAAAAUUCAUAUAAAUGCCAAGAAGUUCAUAUGAAUGGAUAUAUGUAUGACAGUCAUUUAAUAAUUACAUCAACACAUUUAAUAGUUUUACGUGAUAUGCAACAAAAGGGUAAAGCUGAAAUUAUUGUUAAAAGACCAUUAGAAAGUAUUGUACGAAUAACAGCUAAAAAACGUCAUAAAGAUUUAAUAACAUUUAGAUAUGGUUAUACAGAAGGUGAAAGCUUACAUAUAACAGAUAUGGAUAGAUUUUUAAUACCAAAUGCUAGUGAAGCUACAGCCACUGUAUCAAAUCAUAUUGUACAAGUUUGGCAAAAUUUACAUACAUAAAUAUUACGCCUGUAAUUAUGUUUUAGAACGCAUAAAUUCUUAAUAAAUUCCUUUACAUUCUUUGAUAAGCCUAAAAAUGCGAAACAAAAUAUAAUUUAUUUAUAAUUUUAUGAAACA